GCUUAAUACUAAUUACUGUUAUUUGUUUUCAGAUAUGGUUCAAUUGUGAUUGGAUGACAAUGAAGUAGCUCAUUUGCUAUGAUGAAGUGUAAAUAAAGCUGUAAGCAAACAGUCUACAUGUAGUGUGCAGUUUUUAGAAUAUAAUGAAGUAGUUAUCUAUACAUCAAGUGACAGAUGUUAAAGCUGUUUGGAAAACAUGGAGGAACAGUAUAAGGAAGGAGAGACGCUAAUCAGUCGCCAUGGCAAUCAAGAUUCUGAUGAUGGCGCUGGGGAAUUCCAGAUGGAAUUGUCUGAACAGCAUGUAGAAAGUGGAGAAGUGCCAACAACACCAGGAGAAGCCCCACCUUCAAAAGUAUGGGCAUGUUUCUAUGUCAUCUCAGCAUCUGUCAUGGCUUCAUUGGGCGGAGUACUGUUUGGAUAUGACAUGGGAAUUAUAUCAGGAGCCAUUUUACAGCUUCGAGAUGUUUUUUGCUUGUCAUGUCUUGACCAAGAGUUAGUUAUUAGUGCUAUGCUAAUGGGGGCUGUACUAGGAUCUUUAAUUGGAGGGUUCCUGAUAGAUCACUGUGGUAGAAGACUCACUAUUAUAGCUAACUCUGUAGUGUUCCUCAUAGGGGCUCUAAUCCUUGGCUUCUCUCCAAGUUUUGCCAUACUGGUAGUUGGAAGAUUGAUGGUAGGGUUUGCAGUGUCAGUGUCAGCCACUGGAGAAUGUAUUUACAUAUCUGAAAUUGCUCCUGCUAAAAGACGAGGAUUGCUAGUUUCACUGAAUGAGCUUGGGAUCACACUAGGUCUACUGUUGGCUUACUUAUGUAACUUCCUGUUUAUAAGUGUAACAGAUGGAUGGAGAUGGAUGUUUGGUCUAUCAGCAAUACCAGCUGUAGUUCAGGGUAUAGGAAUGUUCUUCCUGCCUAUGAGUCCACGGUUUCUCAUGUUGAAGAAGAGAGAGAAUGAUGCUGUAAAUGUGCUGAAGAAAUUAAGAGGAACAAACAAAAUUGAGAGUGAAAUUAAUGAUAUAAGAGUAUCAAUAGCAUCUGAAAAGAACAAGAGCUGUACAGAUGUUUGUGGGUCCGAGGAUGGUAUGAGAGGUAGAAUGUUUAUAGGUGUAGGACUUGUCUUUUUUCAACAGUUUACAGGACAGCCAAAUGUUUUGUAUUAUGCACCAACAAUAUUUGAGGAGAUCGGUUUUCACUCCAACUCAGCAGCCACUCUUGCUACUGUUGGUCUUGGAAUCGUAAAGGUGAUUAUGACAAUAAUUGCACUGAUCUGUGUGGACAAGUUUGGUAGACGUAAACUACUUCUAACGGGUUCCACAAUAAUGGGAGUUGGUAUAUUCAUCCUGGGAAUUGUGUGCCACUUUGAGAGCGCGUCAAUACCUAACAAAGCCUGCGUAGAUCACAGUCAUUGUCACAGUUUAACUGAACAUACUCAUGCUUUUGCUACCAGUAUACCUGAUCUCUCUAAUUCACAGAAUAUAUUAUCAACUUUAAAAUCUAUGAGCAAAAGAGAUUUUGUAAAUGAAACUUUAGACAAUGGUUUUGUUUCAUAUUCCAACAUAUCAACGGUUGUGCCUUCAUUGUAUCAAAAUACUCAAAAUAAUUCCAGUACAGAUUUAUUGGAUAAAGUUGCAAUAAAUAACUCAAACAGUGGUGGUUCAGUAAAGGGAGACAAUUCAAGUCAUUCAUCUUUAAUUCAGAGAAUAGCAGGGUUUACUGCCUUGAUGUGCUAUGUUGCUGCAUAUGGAUUCAGUUUUGGACCAGUAACAUGGUUAGUGCUGAGUGAAAUAUUUCCUGCAACAGUGAAAGGACGUGCCAUUGCUAUAGCAACAGUGUUCAAUUGGGGAACAAAUCUUAUUGUUACUUUUACAUUCCUUGAUGUCAUGAAUGCCCUUGGUGUGACAUGGACUUUUACAGUGUUUGGUGUGAUAUGUGCCUUCAGUGUUAUGUUUAUUUACUCCUUUGUGCCAGAAACUAAGAAUAGAACGCUAGAACAAGUGUCUGCUGAAAUGAAAACAAAGCCACCUUUGAUUAGGAUGAAGCAAAACUGUCGUCAAUUGUGCUGUUGUUUCAGGAGCAGACACUCUGUUCGUAGUUAUGGCAACUAUAGAAGAGUCCAGUCAGAGACAGUCACAUGACAAUCAUGUGUUUUUAGCUCACCUGUCACAAAGUGACAGGGUGAGCUUUUGUGAUCGCUUUCCGACGGGCGUCCGUUGUCUGUAAACUUUUACUUUAAAUGACAUCUCCUCAAAAACCACUAGGCCAAUUUCAUCCGAACUUCACAGGAAUGUUCCUUUGGUGGUCACCUUUGAAAUUGUUCAAAGAAUUUAAUUCCAUGCAGAACUCUGGUUGCCAUGGCAACCGAAAGAAAAAAACUUUAAAUAUGUUCUUUUAAAAAAUCCUAAGAGCUAGAGCUUAGAUAUUUGGCAUGAAACAUCUUCUAGUGAGUGUCUACCAAGUUUGUUCAAAUAAAAGCCCUGGGGUCAAAAUUAGCCCCGCCCCGGGGGGUCAUUGAUUUUCCCUAUUUGCAUAUAGUAAAAACUUAAAAAAUCUUCUUUUAAAGAACCCAAAGAGCUAGAGCUAAGAUAUUAAGCAUGAAACAUGUUCUAAUGAGUGUCUACCAAGUUUGUUCAAAUAAAAGCCCAGGGGUCAAAAUUGGCCCCGCCUCAGGGGGUUAUUGAUUUUCCUUAUAUAUGCAUAUAGUAAAAACUUAAAAAUCUUAUUUUAAAGAACUCAAAGAGCUAGAGCUAAGAUAUUUAGCAUCAAACAUGUUCUAAUAGGUGUCUACCAAGUUUGUUCAAAUAAAAGCCCUGGGGUCAAAAUUGGCCCUGCCCCGGGGGGUCAUUGAUUUUCCAAAUGUGUAAAGCAACAACUUAAAAAAUCUUCUUUGAAAAAACCCAAAUAGCUAGAGUUUAGAUAUCAAGCAUGAAGCAUCUUCUAGUGAGUGUCUACAAAGUUUGUUCAAAUAAAAGCAAUGGGGUCAAAAUUGGCCCGGCCCCGGGGGUCAUUGAUUUUCCUUAUAUGUGUAUAGCAAAAACUUAAAAUCUUCUUUGAAAAAACCCAAAUAGCUAGAGUUUAGAUAUUAAGCAUGAAACAUCUUCUAGUAAGUGUCUACAAAGUUUGUGCAAAUAAAAGCCCUUGGGUCAAAACUGGCCCCGCCCCAGGGGUGUCAUUGUUUUUAACUAUAUGUGUAUAGUAAAAACUAAAAAAAAUCUUCUUUUAAAAAGCCAAUGAGCUAGAGCUUAGAUGUUUAGCAUGAAACAUCUUCUUAUGAGGGGGGAGGGGGGGGGCUAUAUACAGGUGAGCGACCUCAGGGCCAUCAUGGCCCUCUUGUUUACAACCAUGACAACUUCAAGGGUCAUACCAGAAAAAUAUCAUUACGCCUGCCAUCGGUAAUACUUCGGAAUCUAUAAACAAUAUCUUAUUGCAAGUGUUCUUAUACCAGUAUCAGCAAAGUUAGUUUGUGGCUGCAACAAUUGUUAAAGGUUUGAAUCAGGAAAAGGCAUAUGGUUUUAGCAAUCCAGGGUUCCAUUGUUAUUCACCAAAUUCAUUAAAUUUGCAAAGCUGCCACAAUUUGGAUUAUACAAGGUGUUUUUUGAAUGGUUGUAAACAUUGUUUUCUUUUCAUGAAAUGCAAUAUUCAAUGGAUUUUUACUCUGAUAUGGUUGUGGACAUUUCAGUUGGCAACUAUUUGGGGUCACUGACUGCUCUGAUUUAGUUAUCUGUCCUUAAGUUUGAGUUUCAUAUCAUUUUAGGGCAUUUCAAGGACAGAUAACUUAUAUAAAAAAUUUCCAAACCUUAAUUUUAUUUUACUAUUGGUCUUAGUUUUUAGCUCGACUAUACGAAGUAUAUGGAGAGCUGUCCUACUCGCCCCGGAGUCGGUGUCCGCGUCCGCGUCCAGAUUUUAGAUUAAAGUUUUGGUGCAGUAAAAUAUUUCUCACUAUAACUUUGUCAUUUCUUAAGGUAUCAACUUAAAACUUCAAAUAUAUGUUCCUUAUCAUCAACCACAUCUUAUGUGACAAUGUUCAUAACUCUAGCACCAAUAUUUUCAGAUUUAUCUCCCCUUGAACUUAGAAUUUUCCUUAAAAAAUACUAUUUUUUACUGUUACUUCUUUAUUUCUUAAGGGAUCAACCUCAUACUUCAAAUAUAUGUACCUUAUCAUCAUCCCCAUCUUAUGUGACAAGGUUCAUAACUCUAGCACCAAUAUUUUUAGAUUUAUCUCCCCUUGAACUUAGAAUUUUCCUCAAAAAGUACUAUUUCUUACUGUUCCUUCUAUAUUUCUUAAGGGAUCAACCUCCUACUUCAAAUAUAUUUACAUUAUCAUCAUCCCCAUCUUAUGUGACAAGGUUCAUAACUCUAGCACCAAUAUUUUCAGAUUUAUCUCCCUUUGAACUUAGAAUUUUCCAUAAAAAAUAUUAUGUUUUACUGUUACUAAUUUAUUUCUAAAGGGAUCAACUUCAUACUUCAAAUAUAUUUACGUUAUCAUCAUCCACAUCUUAUGUGACAAGGUUCAUAACUCUAGCACCAAUAUUGCAAGAAUUAUCUCCCCAUAAACUAAUAUUUUUUGACUAGAAAAUUGUUAUUUUUUAUUAUAACUUUUUUAUUUUUAAAGGUAUCUACCUCAAACUUCAAAUACUUAUUCCUUAUCAUCAAUUACAUUUUAUGUGACAAUGUUCAUAACUCUUGAAGCAAUAUUUACAGAUUUAUCUCUCUUUGAACUUAGGAUUUUCUUUAAGAAAUAUAAUAACUUCUUUACUUUUUAAGGUAUCUACUUCAAGCUUCAAAUAUAUAUUUCUUAUCAUUACUCAAAUGUUGUGUGACAAGGUCCAUAACUCUAGCAUGACUUUUUCUAGAAUUAUUCCCCUUGAUCUUGGAAUUUAUGUUAACAAAUAUUAUUUUGUACUAUAACUUAAUACAUAAUUAUACCUAAUUGAUUUUUCUUUCACAGUUUUGUCCUCCUUACUGCGUCCAGUAUUUUAUUAGUCGAGCUUCGCUGUCUCCUGUGACAGCUCUUGUUUAUUUUGAUCAUGAUUGAAAUAUGUUAAUACUAGUUUCGCAAUAAGUUAUUAUAAGUAUUAUCUGCUUUAUUUAAGUAUUAGUAUUUGCUUGCAAGUAUAAUGAAUAUUGCCAGUAUAAAAAAUGUGCCAUUCUAAUGUAAGUGAAAAAUAAUAUUGUAUAAUGUCAUAUACGUAAUGUAUCUGUACCUCACUUCUUUCAAUGUUCAAAUUGUUUCAUUUAAAUAUGCGCUGCGCCAUACAAAACCAACAUUAUGCGUUUGCCACCAGCAUGGAUCCAAACCAGCCUGCGCAGUCUGAUCAGGAUCCAUGCUGUUUGCUUACAAACCCUAUAACAAAAAGAGAGCUACAAACCCUAUAACAAGUAGAGAAACCAAUAGGAAACCACUACAAACCCUAUAAAAAGUAGAGAAACUGAUAGGGAACAGCUACAAACCCCAUAACAAGUUGAGAAACUGAUAGGGAACAGCUACAAACCCUAAAACAAGUAGAGAAACCGAUAGGGAACAGCUACAAACCCUAUAACUAGUUGAGAAACCAAUAGGGAACAGCUACAAACCCUAUAACAAGUAGAGAAACUGAUAGGGAACAGCUACAAAUCCUAUAACAGGUAGAGAAACCGAUCGGGAACAGCUACAAACCCUAUAACAGGUAGAGAAACUGAUAGGGAACAGUUACAAACCCUAUAACAAGAAGAGAAACCGAUAGGGAACAGCUGCAAACCCUAUAACAAGUAGAGAAACUGAUAGGGAACAGCUACAAACCCUAUAACGAGUAAAGAAACUGUCAGCAAACAGCAUGGAUCCUGAUCAGACUGCGCGGAUGCACAGGCUUGUCUGGAUCCAUGCUAGUCGCAAACCCAUUAUGUUGGUUUUGUCAUGGCGUGGCUCAUUAUAAUGCAAUAUCUUUAUUUCUGAAAUGAGAUUAUUAUUCAGAAUCUCUGUAACACAAAACCUUGAUUUAUUUUAUAAAUGUAUACUGUACAGAUUUUUAUAUUUUGCUCUUGUAACCUAUUUUUUCCCUCCAGUUUUAAUGACACUAGCCAUCUGCUUGUGAAUUAAUCUUUAGAUUCACAUGUUUUACUUUAAAAAUUAUUCCAUGACUUUGUUAUUUUAUGUUCAGAUACUUUUUUCUGUGUCGUUUUAGAAUUAUAAGAUGUAUAUAUUUUUUUUAUUCUUUAUGCAAGAUCAAAUGUUUUAUUGUGAUUGUUUGUUACAAUUUUUAUUUAAUAUUCAAUUCUAUAUUUCAUUGUUUAUAUAUGUGCUAUUUCCAAAUCUUACAUUGAACUCUUAAAGGGAAUCCAAUGAGGUUUUCUGAUAUGACCCAACUUGGAAAUAUUUUUCUGAGACUUAUUUACCAUUUGAUAGAGGUUUGUACUUGUGUUCAAACUUUCAGGUUAUUCCCUCCACAAGUUUUCCCAGAAACAUCAAUUUUAUUGUGCAAAAUGGUAAAAAAAAAAUGAAAAUCAUUGCAAAACUUUUCAUUCAAAUUGGUCACAGAAUCACACACAAAAUCAAUUGUCAAUUUAAUUUUAAAAACAUUUCUUUAUUUUCCUCUGCAGAUUUUUUCAUUUUAUGCGCUUCAUUUGAUCUAUGUAAGAAUUUCAAGUAUUACAUUUUCAGGGUUUUUGACCUCAGUGGAGCCCCUUUAAAGUGACCUUUAUCAUCUGUGGAGUAUAUAUUAGAUAUUUGAAAUCAUCAUGUUAGUACUGUCAUUUGAUAUUUUGAUAUCACUGGGUGAAGUGUCACAUUUAAGAAAAUGUUUUUUAAUAUGACACCUGCAAUGGUGUUAUGAUAUUUUUAUUUAGUUUUUAUCACUUUAAUUACUUAGUUUUUAUCACAUUAAGGUAGUACACGCCUAAUGGGCACUAUAAGGAAUUGUAAAUUUGACAACAUAGGACAGUUAUAUGCCUUAAAUGUCACCUGUAUGCAAAAUUUAAACAAAAUUUACCGUGUGGUUUAUGAGAUAUGGACAUUUUUAUGAACUAAAACUUUGCCAUUACAAGGGAUUUUUUCAGAAAUGAGGAAACUCUAAAUAAUCUAUAAUAUCAUCAUUAUGAUAAAUGUUUUCUUUUUGCUCAUUGUUAAGAAAUAGAUAAUGACAUUUAGGUAACAAAUUAAACAAGCAAAAUGAUUGUUUUUAAACGAAAUGUUUUUAAUAUGUAUAAAAAUGUAACCCUACCCCACCCACUUUUAACACUAAUUUGACCAUUUCCCUAUGUAAAAAGCCUUAUUUAAAAUAUCCCUAAAAUUUUCCAAAAUGAGGGGCUAUUUUCAAAGUUUGCCUAAAUUUUCUUUAAUGUAUAUUGGUUGGUCUUGCAAAAUAUAAAAUACUUUUACCGUUUAGUUUUUAUUUUAUUAAACUUUGAAAAUAUCUGGUAUCAUAUUUGCUAUUAAAUUUGGCAUUAUUUAGUAAAUAGAUACCUACAAUAAUUAUAUAAUUAAAAUAAAACACUUUUUUCUUCCAUAGGGGGUCUGAGAGAUUAAUAAAAAAUGUUAAAAAGAAAAAAAAGAAAGAAAAAAAAUUGCCCCUUCUGGGGUUUGAACCCACGCCCCCUCAGUUUCAAUACACUUUACAGAGAUUUUAGCCUAUUUGAAUACUCUUCAAAGUGGAGAUAGGGCAUUAGGGGUGUACUACCUUAAUUACCAUAUUGUAGAACAGUCUUGCAACUAGGAACCUGGAACAAAGAAUAUCUGUAAUUUGUGCUUUACCUGAAACCAGUUUUUAAAAGAUAGCAUUUUUUUGUAGUAAUGUUGUUUUAAUUACAUAUUUUUAAGAAUGUAAGCAUUGUUAUUAGAUAAAAUACUAAUAUUUGGAUUUAAAUCAGUAGCAAGAAAACAUAAAAAAAAUGUUGGCAGAGAUGAAACACAUUAGACGAAUACUCCUCACAAAGUAGUUACAAAUGUUAUGAAAACAAAAUAACUGAUAACAUAUCUGUUUCUGUUUAAGAGUAAUUAAUCUAGGCGCUAACGUCAUGCAAUUGUUAAUUUGUGAUAUUUCAAAUCUGACUGUAUGAAAGAAAAUAACUUUUUAUUGGAAUUUUGUCAUGUAAUAUAAUUUUUCUGUCAGUAUGAAAAGAACUAUUUUUACUGUAAUAUUGUGUUUCUGUAAUGUGAUAGAAGAGAAUAAUUUUAAAUCAGUAUUGUGGAAAAGAAUCACAUUAAAUAUUUUUCUAAAGUCUUUAAUUAUGUGCUAUAGAAAUGAUCGUUGAAUCCAACUUUAAAACCUAGCUAAUUUCCCUUUAAUUGGUUUCAUGUUAAACAAAUUCGAACCAAAAAUACGCAAUAUAAUUAUGUAAUUGUACUACUCAAUAAUUUAAAAAUAAUAUUUCCCAAACUGUGAUUUUAUCGCUCAAUAACAUCACUGUUUGGUGUUCGUAUGUGAGGAAUUAUAUCAUGAGGGCGUAGCCCGAGUGAUAUAUUGAUGCGCAUCCGAACGAUAAACAGUGAUGUUAUCAAGCAAUUACCGUAAAUCACCGAUUUGGAUAUAUUAUUUCAAUUCUAACACGACAUAAACAAAUAAAUGCUGCCGUACCUGCUAUUAAGCAAAAUUGAGCCUGAUUUGUUUCCAUACUUAUUGUCAGUGCAUUGAAUUUUAUAGUGGUUACGUCACAUGUAUAAUGAUUACAUCACAUGUCUUAAUAUAGAAGGUCAAACAGUGAUUUUAUAGCAUAAUAACACACACUUUCGGUUCUUCUAUGUUCAAUAGGGAAAAAUGCGGGUCCUGUUAGAAUACCAUAAAUUUAUUCUGUUAUUACAAAGUCUGUUCAUUAUGAAAUACAUGUAUCUAUCUGUUACUGGUACAAUGUAAUGUGUCUUAUGUUAUUAUUUAAAAGAAAUAUUUAUUACAAUACAACAUAUCAGUGAUUUAAAAAUGUAUAAUAGCAACUUGUUGCAAUGUUGCAUAAUCAAAAUUAUAAUACAUAUUUUAUGAAUAUAUCUAUAUACAUGUUAUGUUUGGACUUUCCUUGAUCAUUAAAUAUUCAUUAUAAUACAUGUAUUUGAAUUUAUUAUUGAAGUUGAAACUUGGGAAAAUGUUUUCCCAACAUGAAAGAUAACAUGGAGAAGUCAAUGUAGGAGAUGUACCAAUAAAAUAACAGCAACAUCAUUUUUCUCUAAGACUUUUACAUUUACAUACAGAAUAUCGGUGGUUCUACUUGGUUUCCUGUUUGUGCCUGAAAUAAUACACAGGUCUUCUUCCACCAGUAAAUCUGGAAAGUUAUGACCGCAAUCUGUUGGUGCGACGUAAAACCCAACCAAAAAUGUCAUUAACAUUACAAGCCACAAAAAGUUUUAGUUUUAAAUUAAAUUUAAGACAAUAGUUUUGAUGCAUUUUUUGAUUGGUAUAGGUAAAUCAUUUAUGUAACUAUUCAAAUAUAAUUUAUAUUACAUUAUUUUAAUGUGCAUAAUAAAUGAAAUGUUUAGAUGGUUGAUUAUACAUGCAUGUUUUUUAAUGGAAAUUGUCAUAAUAAAAGUUUCUUUUACAGGUAGUACUUGUUGUUGAAAUAAGAAAGUUUAAAUUUUUUAUCUUGUUCAUGGUUGAUAGAUUUAUUUAUUUCAAUAAAAUUGAUAAUUUU